AGCAACACUGAAACAGAAUCUGGUCCAGAUCGAGUCUCAUCGAGACCCGGCUCAUCUUCAUCUCCCUCCCUCCUCUUCCUCACAACUUUUAUUCCAGCGAGCACAAGCCGGGUUGAGUUACGUGUUGCGCCUUUAAGAGUCGGUCAGUUGGAUUAGAGGCGCACGUAGAUCCAGGUCUUUUUUUAGGCUUUUUUUUCGCGACUGACCAGGAGGAUCCGGAUCCGAGUCCCCGUCCAUCGUCUCUGAGGUCCGGACAUGGCCGAAUUAGGGAAAGGAGUCACCGCCGGGAAACUGGCUAUAAACGUCCAGAAGAGACUCACCAGAGCCCAGGAGAAGGUUUUGCAAAAACUUGGGAAAGCAGACGAGACCCGAGAUGAAGCCUUUGAAGAGAUGGUGGCGAAAUUUAACAAGCAAUUGAGUGAAGGAACCAAACUGCACAAAGACCUUAAGGCCUACCUGGCUUCUGUCAAGGCGAUGCAUGAUGCUUCGCGGCGGCUGCAGGACUGUCUUGCUGAAAUGUACGAGCCUGAGUGGUUUGGAAAAGAGGAGAUGGACGCGCUCGCAGAGGAGAUGAUUGAGAAGGAGAUGGAUAAUAAUCUGGAGGAUACUGACACGCUCUGGUUAGAUUAUCACCAAAACCUCACUGAUAAAUCUCUGGUCACCAUGGACACGUAUCUGUCCCAGUUCCCUGACAUCAAGGCUCGCAUCGCGAAGCGCGACAGGAAGCUGGUGGACUUCGACAGCGCACGGCAUCACUUCUCCUCCCUACAGAAAGGCAAGAAGAAAGAUGAGGCCAAGAUCGCCAAGCCUGCAGCUCUGUUGGAGAAGGCGGCUCCCAGUUGGGCUCAGGGUUUGAUAUCAGCCCACCAGGUCGCUCAGACUAACCUCUCCUUCAACCAGGCGGAGGAGGAGCUUGGUCGAGCUCAGAGGAUCUUCGAGGAACUGAACGUGGAGCUGCAGGAUGAACUUCCAGGAUUGUUUGACAGUCGUGUUGGCGUUUAUGUUAACACAUUCCAGAGUCUCGCCAAUCACCAGGAAAAGUUCCACCGGGAAAUGAGCAAGCUGAGUCAAAACCUCAAUGACAUCAUGACCAAACUGGAGGAGCAGCGGCAGCUCAAAAAAGGUGCAGCCGGAUCAGCAAAGGCAGGAGACGGUGCUAAGAGUGAGGAGGCGAACCACAGCGAGUCUGCCAGCGCUGCACCAAAGAGGCCGGGCCCUCCUCCCAGCAGACCACCCCCCACACUCUCACCAUCUCCAGACUAUGGGCAGGAGGAUGAUGUGCCUACAGAGGACGAUGGCUCCACGCAGGGUGGUGAAACGGAUGUCACUGCGUCACAGGCCCCAUCAUGGGACUCAUGGAGAAAUCCAGCGACAGAGCGGGAUCCCAACCGGCAGUACAGCGAGGAUGCAGAGUGGAAUACUGAGCAGGAUUCCCAAGGCUAUGCCGACGCUGGCUGGGAAGAUGCGGAGGCUGUUGAGGGUCAGGAGAGCUGGGACGAUCAUGGAGGUUACGCUGCAGAGUCGUACAGUGAGCCUUCCUGGGAUGAUGGGCAGAGUUUGGCGACCAACGGCUCCAACUGUGAAAUGCCUCCAGGCUUCCUGUACAAGGUAAAAGCGAUACACGACUACGCUGCCACCGACGGAGACGAGCUGGAGCUGAAGAUUGGCGACAUGGUUCUCGUGGUGGCGUUUGACAACCCGGAUGAACAAGUGAGGGACGACGGCUGGCUGAUGGGAGUGAAGGAGACCAGCUGGAUGCAGAAUAAAGAUUUUUCAGCCAAAGGUGUUUUCCCCGAAAACUUCACCCAGAAGGUUUGAGGUCGAACGCCCACCUAGGUUCCUCCUUUUCUCACCUGCACACUGGAAUCUUCCUGUCCGUGUCACGUCCGUGACGCGGUCGGUCAGAUCAAUCUGCUGAUGGCACCGGGCGGAUUGUUUGUGCAGUUGCACCAGUGCCAGUACGUACAAGCCCAUAGAACAAAAAUACAAUGUUUUGCCUUGUCUUGAUACAUCCAGUUUUCACUCUCGACACACUGCAGUUUUGUAUUUGGAUCACUAAGAAAAACAUCUAUUUUUUCAAAACAUUGAAAUAUUUAUAUUCAUCUGGCAUUUUCAGCAAUAUUAAAUUAUCCUCUGAAUAUUAAAAGACUUUAUUAUCAUGCAUCUAAUUUGGACAUUUAAUUCAGGUUUCUUUUGUUAUUUAUGUCUCUCUGCAACAUUGAAAUGUCAAAACAGACAAAUGGCUGACUUGGAUGAAUGUCAAAAUGUUGUUCCUUCGGUUUUGAAAUGAACGUUUGGAUGAGUUUACUGCAUGAUAUUUUGGACUUGUCGUUGUUGACCGUCACAUCUGGUUUGGGUUCAUGCCUUUAUUUUGUUGGAAAUGAAAUAUGAGUGAGACACAAAACAUUAAUGUAUAAGAGCCAGUGACUGGUUUUCUAAGGUUUAAAACAGAAAUUUAGAAGCUAUUUUAUUUUCCUUCUUAUUUUUCCUCUUAUUUAAAGAUUCAGUUUGGAAGGGUGAACAUGUGUCCUCUGAUUAGCCUUUUGGAUGAGACAUUUGUGUUGACAGCAGCUGAUGAAAAAAAAAAAAUCACAUUUUCAAUUGACUUUUUUUAAAUACUUUGCUGUAAACAGUGGAAAACUAUGUGCAAUUAUCAAGGUUUUGUCUCUGUUUGAUGUCAUCAGCGUCAUUAAAGAAGAAUGAAAGAAGUGCAGUUCCUUUUCUUCUUGA